AAUUCAUGUCUAGAUUCUUGAAGCCUCUGCACAUGUAGUUCCUACAGCUGCCGUUUUAAAAAUGCCAACAUCUCCAACGGCAACUUCUUCCUGGGACAACCUCUUAAAUGCUCUUGCUCGCAGCUCAAUAUGGAAUUGGUUACAAGCAACUUUUGUGGGAGAGACUAGUGUCCCUCCACCAACAAAUUUGGGGAUACUAGAUAAUCUCGCGCCAGCUGUGCAAGUCAUCCUAGGGAUUUCCUUUUUGGUUUUGUUGGCAAUUGGAUUAUUUGCCUUAUGGAAACGAAGCGUUCGAUCAAUUCAGAAAAUAGUGGUGUUUGUGAUCACACUCUACCAACUUUACAAGAAAGGCUCAGAUUUUUUUCAGGCUUUGCUAGCUAACCCAGAAGGAAGUGGUCGCCAGAUUCAAGACAAUAAUAUCUUCCUGUCGUUGGGUCUGCAAGAGAAAAUUUUGAAAAAGCUUCAGCUGGUGGAAAACAAAGUGAGAGACCUGGAGGGCAUGAUUGUCGCCCAGAAGCCUGCCGUUAAGCGAGACUGCUCCUCGGAGCCCUACUGCAGCUGCUCUGACUGCCAGAGCCCCUUACCCACCUCAGGGUUUACUUCCACGUCUGAAAUGUGAUGGGCUCCAGUCUUUUCCAGAAAAGCACUGCUUCCCUCGUGUGUGCAGUGGUGUAUCAAUAAAAUAGAGAACUAUAUUGAA